AUGAUGCAGAAAGCGCUCUUCGACUUUUUAAAACACAGAUUUGAAGGGAGGUGAGUUCUACAGGUUGUGUCAACUGUGGAUUUGACAAUAAAUACAAUAUACAUAUUGUUUAUCCAAACGUUUUAACUCCAAAUAAAAUAUCACGCCGGCUAUGUAUUUUCUCUCAGAAUUACUAUAACUCGUGUGACUGCAGACAUCGCUCUAGCAAAGAGGUCCAUACUCAACAACCCCAACAAGAAAGCCCUGAUGGACCGCUCAAACACACGCUCUAACCUAGGUAAGGUAUGGGCUAAAUAUCUAACCCCAGCCCUAACCCUCUAUCCCCAACCCACUAUCCCCAACCCUAACCUAGGUAAUGGUAGUGGGGCCUAACUACUCUACCCAGCCCCUAACCCUCUUCCCAGCCCAACCCUCUCAUCACCAACCCUAACCCCCUUACCCUCUAUCCCCCAACCCUACCCUCUAUCCCCAGCCCUAACCCUCUAUCCCCCAACCCCUAACCCAUGUCCUUCCCCACCCUACCCAUCUAUCCCCACCCUACCCUCCUAUCCCCCCCCUACACCCCCUAAACCCUCGUAUCCCCAGCCCUAACCCUCUAUCCCCAACCCUACCUCUAUCCCAGCCCUAACCCCCUAAUCCUCUAUCCCCAGCCCGACCCCCUAACCCUCUAUCUCCCGCCCUACCCCCUAAUACCUCUAGCCCCAGCCCUAACCCCCUAAAACCCUAACCCCCUAAUCCUCUAUCCCCAGCCUAACCCCCUAAACCCUAACCCCCUAACCCUCCUAUCCCCAACCCUAACCCUCUAUUCCCUCCCCCAACCCUAACCACCCUCUAUCCCACAACCCUAACCCCCGAACCCCUAUCCCCAACCCUAACCCCGCUCUAUCCCCAGCCCUACGCCUCUAUCCCCAGCCCUAACCCUCUAACCCUAACCCCCUACCCCUCUAUCCCCACCCUAACCCUCUAUCCCCAACCCUAACCCUCUAUCCCCAACCCUAACCCCCUAACCCUCUAUCCCCAAACCCCUAACCCUCUAUCCCCAACCCUAACCCUCUAACCCUAACCCCUAACCCUCUAUCCCCAACCCUAACCCUCUAUCCCCAACCCUAACCCCUAAUCCCCCACCCUAAACCUCUAUCACCCCAACCCUAACCCCCUACGCCGCUAUCCCUAACCCUACCCCCCUACCCCUCUAAAUCCCAAAACCCUAACCCCCAGACCCUCUAUCCCCAACCUCCCCUACCCUCUAAUCCCCACCCCUAAACCCUCUAAUCCCACCCUAAACCCCCUAGCCCUCUAUCCCCAACCCGAACCCCUAUCCCCAACCUAACCCCUCAACCCUCUAUCCCCACCACUCACCCGCUAAAAUCCCCAACCAGCCCUACCCCCUAAAACCCUCUAUCCCAACCCUAACCCUCUAUUCCGCUCCCAACCCUAACCCCCUAACAACCCCUAUCCCCCACAACCCUAAACCCCCUAACCCUCUCUCCCCAAACCCUAACCCCCCCUAACCUCUUCCCCCACCCUUUACCCUCUACUCCCCGCAACCCUAACCCCCUAACCCUCUACCCCAACCCUAACCCCCUUAACCCUCUAUCCCUCAACCCUAAAACCCUCUAUCCCCACCCUUACCCUCUAAUCCCCAACCCUAACCCCCUAACCCUCUAUCCCCAACCCUUAAUAUACCUCUAUCCCAACGCCUAACCCCCUAACCUCUAUCUCCCCAACCCUAACCUCUAUCCCCACCCUAACCCCCUUACCUACCCUCUAUCCCCCACCCUAAACGCCCCUCUAUCCCCAACCCUAACGACUCUAUCCCCAACCCUAACCCCCUAACCCCAUUCCCCAACCCUGACCGCCCCUAACCCUCUAUCCCCACCUCCCCUAACCCUCUAUCCCCAACCCUAACACCCCUAACCCUCUAUCCCCAGAACCCUAACCCCCUAACCCUCUAUCCCCCAACGCCUAAACCCCUAACCCCAUCAUCUAUUCUCGCCCAACCCUACCCCUCUAUCCCCCAACCCUCAACAAUCUCUUCGUGCCCAACCUAACCCCCUAGCCCCCUCUAAUCCCCCACGCUAACGCCUCUCGAGUUCAUCCCCAACCCUACCCCGUAACCCCUCUCCCCAAACCUAACCCUCUAUCCCCAACCCUAACCCCCCCCCUAACCCUCUAUAUCCCCAACCCUGCAAAAGACCCCCACCCUAACCCUUCAUCCCCAAACCCUAAACCACCCCUCACCUCUAUCUCUCCCCCCAGCCCUUACCCUCUAUCCACAACCCCUAACCCCCUAACCCUCUAUCCCCAACCCUAAACCCCUACACCCCUCUAUCCCCACCCACACUCUAUCCCCCUAACCCUCUAUCCCCACCACUUCCCUCUAUCCCCAACCUAACCCCCUACCCUCAUAUCCCCAACCCGUAACCCUCUAUCCCCCCCAACCUAACCCCCUAACCCUCUAUCCCCAACCCUAACCCUCUAUCCCCAACCCUAACCCCCUUACCCUCUAUCCCCAACCUAACCCUCUAUCCCCAACCCUAACCCUCUAUCCCCAACCCUAACCCCCUACCCUCUAUCCCCAAACCCUGACCCCCCUAACCCCUAUCCCCAACUCCUACCCCCCCUACACCCUCUAUAUCCCCACCCUAACCCCUAACCCUCUAUCCCAAAAAACCCUAACCCCCUAACCCUCUAUCCCCAACCCUAACCCUCUAUUAUCCCCAACCUAACCCUCUAUCCCCAAACCGUCCCUCUAUCCCCACCCCUAACCCCCUAACCCUCUUCCCCUCCUAACCCUCUAUCCCCCAGGCCCUACCUGCUAUCCCCCCACCCUAACCCUCUAUCCCCAACCCUAACCCUCUAUCCCCAACCCUAACCCUCUAUCCCCAACCCUAACCCCCUACACCUGUAAUCCCCAACCCUAACCCUCUAUCCCCAACCCAACCCCCCUAAACCCUCUAUCCCCCAGCCCUAACCCCCUACCCCUAACCCUCGUAUCCCCAACGCCUAGAACCCUCUAUCCCGCAACCCUAACCCCUAAAAGCCUCUAUCCCCAGCCCUAAAAACCUCUAUCCCCAACACAAGCUACCCCACUCCUAACCCUCAUAAUCCCCAACCCUAACCCCCUGCGCCUCUAUCCCCAACUCUCUGAAUCCCCCAACCCUACCAACCCUAACCCCCCAACCCUCUAUCCCCAGCCCUAACCCUCUAUCCCCAACCCUAACCCUCUAUCCCCAACCCUUACCCCUCUAUCCCCAACCCUAACCCCCUAACCCUCUAUAUCCCCAACCCUAACCCCCUACCCUCUAGCCCACCCAUAACCCUUCUUCCCCACCUCUCUAUCCCCAACCCUACCCCUCUAUCCCCAACCGUAACCCCCUAAACCCUCUAUCCCAACCCUCUAAUCCCCCAACCCUAACCCCUCUAAUCCCCCCCCACCCUAAACCCCUCUAAUCCCCAACCCUUAUACCCUCUACCCCACCCUAACCCCUAACCCUCUAUCCCCACCCUAACCCCCAACCCUCUAUCCCCAACCCUAACCCUCUAUCCCCAACCCUAACCCCCUAACCCUCUAUCCCCAACCCUAACCCUCUAUCCCCAGCCCUAACCCUCUAUCCCCAGCCCUACCCCCUAACCUCUACCCAACAUCCCGUAAAACCCCCUACCCUCUAAAUCCCCCCACCCUAACCCCUAUCACUAACCCUAACCCCCUAACCCUCUAUCCCCAACCCUAACCCUAUCCCCAACCCUAACCCUCUAUCCCCAGCCCUAACCCUCUAUCCCCAACCCUAACCCUCUAUCCCCAACCCUAACCCCUAUAUCCCCCGCCCUUACCCCUCAAUCCCCCAGCCCUAACCCCCUAACCCUCUAUCCCCACCCUAACCCUCUAUCCCCAGCCCUAACCCUCUAUCCCCAACCCCUAACCCUCUAUAUCCCCCGUCCCCUACCCCCCUACCCCCCUCCUAAUCCCCCAGCCCUAAACCCCUCUAUCCCCAACCCUCUAUCCCCCACCCUAACCCUCUUUCCCCCAACCCUACACCCUCUAUCUCUCCCCACCAUAAACCCUCUAUCCCCAACCCUCCUCUCCCCACCCUAACCCCUCUAUCUCAUCCCCAAACCCUAACCCCUCUAUCCCCGAACCCUACCCUCUAUCCCCAGCCCUAACCCCCUAACCCUCUAUCCCCAACCCUAACUCUCUAUCCCCAACCCUAUAACCCCAACCUCAUGGUAACUAACCUAGGUAAGGUAUGGGCUAACUAUCUAACCCCAGCCCUAACCCCCUAACCCUCUAUCCCCAGCCCUAACCCUCUAUCCCAGCCCUAACCCUCUAUCCGCAGGCCCUAACCUCUGAUCCCAGCCCCUAACCCUCUAAUCCCCCUCCCUAACCCCCUCUAUCCCCAACCUCUAUCCCCACCCUACCCCUCUAUCCCCACCCUAACCCCUAACCUCUAUCCCCAACCCCUAACCCUCUAUCCACCCAACACUAACCCUCGAUCCCGCAACCCUUACCCUCUAUCCCCCCACCCUAAACCCUCUAUCCCUCCUCCCAACCCAAACCCCCUAGACGCUCUAAAAUCCCCCACCCUAACCCUCUAUCCCCUAGGCCCUAACACCUACUAAUCCGCCCAACCCUAACCCCCUACCCUCUAUCUCCCCACCCUACCACCCUUCUCUCCCCCCAACCUUACCUCUAUUCCCCAACCCUAACCCACAUCCCAACCCUAACCCUCUAUCCCCAACCCUAACCCUCUAAUCCCCAACCCUAACCCCUACCUCGAUAUUCCCCAAACCUAACCCUCUAUCCCCCAAAUCAUCCCCCCCCCCAAAAUCCCCAACCCUUACCCCCUCUAUCCUCCCCAACCCUAACCCUCUUAUCCCAACCCUAACGCUCUAUCCCCAACCCUAAGCCCCCUAAACCCAUCUAUCCCCCCCCUAACCCUCUAUCCCCAGCCCCAGCCCUAACCCUAACCUCAACUCUAAUCCCCAACCCUAACACCCUCCUAUCCCCAACCCUAACUCUCUAUCCCCCAACCCCUACCCCCUAACACUCUUAUCCCCCAACCCUUAAACCCUCUAUCCCCAGCCACUGAACACUCUAUCCCCAACCCAUAACCCUCUAUCCCAACCCUACCCUCUCCCCCAACCCGAACCCUCUAUCCCCCCCCCACCCCGAACCCACCCUAACCCUCUAUCCCCAACCUAACCCUCUAUCCAUCCCCAUCCUAACCCUCUAUCCCCCCACCCUAACCCUCUAAUCCCCAAACCACCUAACCCCCUAAACCCUCACCCUAUCCCCAUCCCUAACCCCCAACACGAGGAAGAACCUCUAUACCCCAACCCUAACCUCUAUGCCCCAACCGCCUCACGCCUAGAUCCUCCAACCUAAUCUCCCCUAAACCAUCCUCCCCAACCCUAACCCGGCUGCUAUCCCCAUCCCUACCACUCAUCCCCACGCCUAAACCCUCUAUCAUCUCGCCAUCCCUAACCUCUAUCCCCCCAACCCUAACCCUCUAUCCCCACCCUACCCCCUAACCUCUAUCCCCCAGCCCUAACCUCUACCCCCCCCUAACCCUCUAUCCCCAACCCUACCCACUCCUCUAUCCCCGCCCUACCCCCUCUAUCCCCAACCCUAACCACCCUAACCUCUACUCCCCACGCCCUAACCCGCUAUCCCCCAGCCCUAACCCUCUAUCCCCAACCCUACGCUCUAUCCCCAAACCCUAACCCUCUAUCCCCAACCUAACCCCCUACCACCUAUCCCAACCCUAACCCUCUAUCCCCAGUCCCUAACCCCAAAAAAAUUCCCCGCAACCCUAACCCUCUAUCAUUCCCCAACCCUAAUCCUAAUCCUACUAUCCCCAACCCUAACACCACACCCCCAACACCUCUCUCCCUGAUCCCCAACCCUACCCUCUUCCCCCACCCUAACCCUCUAUCCCCAGGCCCUAACCCUCUAUCCCCAAACCCUCUACCCCACCCUACCCUCUAACUCCCUCAACCCUAACCCCCUAAACCCUCUAUGCCCCCCACCUAACCCUCUUCCCCAACCCUUACCCUCUAUCCCCAACCCUAACCUCCUAUCCCCACACCCUAACCCCCCGCUCUAUCCCCAACCGCUAACCCUCUAUCCCCACCCUAACCCUCUAUUCCCACCCUACAACCCUCCUAUCCCCAAACACUAACCCCCUAACCCUCUAUCCCCAACCCUAUACCCUCUAUCCCCAACCCUUAAUCCCUCUAUCCCCAACCCGAAACCCUCUAUCCCCAACCCUACCCCUACCCUCUCUACCCAACCCUAACCCUCUAUCCCCAACCUUAACCCUCUAUCCCCACCCCCCCCCCUAACCCUCUAUCCCAACCCUAACACCCUCUAUCCCCCACCCUACCCCCUAACUCUCUAAUCCCCAGCCCUAACCCUCUAUCCCCAACCGAACACUCUAUCCCCCAGCCCUAACCCUCAUCCCCAGCCCUAACCCUCUUCCCACCCUAACCCUCUAUCUCCCCAACUCACCUUACCCUCUAUCCCCAACCUUACCCUCUAUCUCCCCAACCCUAACCCUCUAAACUCCCCCAACCCUAACCCCCUAACCCUCUAUCCCCAACCUCACCCUCUAUCCCCAGCCCUACCCAUCUAUCCCCAGCCCUAACCCUCUAUCCCCAACCUAACCCCCUAACCAACCCUAACCCUCGAUCCCCUCUAUCGCCCACCAUUACCCUCUAUCCCCAACCCUAACCCCUCUAACUAUCCCCCAACCCUAACCCCCUAACCCUCUAAUCCCCAACCCUACACCCUCUAUCCCCAACCCUACCCUCUAUCUCCCCAACCCUUACCCUCUACUAUCCCCAACCCUACAACCCCUCUUUCCCCAACCCUACCCUCUAUCCCAGAGCCCUAACCCCCUAACCCUCUUAUCCCCAACCCUACCCUCUAGCCCCACCUAAUUCCCUAUCCCCAGCCCUAACCCUCUAUUCCCCAGCACCCUAACCCCUCUGCCCCACCCUAACCCCCUAACCCUCUAUCCCCAACCCUAACCCUCUAUCCCCAACCCUAUAACCCCAACCUCAUGGUAACUAACCUAGGUAAGGUAUGGGCUAACUAUCUAACCCCAGCCCUAACCCCUAACCACCCUCUAAUUCCCCCAACCCGAACCCUCAGUCCCCAACCCUCUAAAACCCCAACCUCAUGGUAACUACCUAGGUAGGUAUGGGCUAACUCUCUAACCCCAUCCCUAAACCUCUAAAUCCUCUAUCCACAGCCCUACCCUCUACCCCAGCCCUCACCCCCUAACCCUCUAUCCCCACCCGACCUCUCUUAUCCCCAACCCUAUAACCCAACCUCAUGGUAACUAACCUAGGUAAGGUAUGGCUUAACUAUCUCACCCACACAGCGCUACCCUCUCAUAAUCCUCUAUAUCCCCAACCCUUUAAUCCUAACAGUGUCAUGGAAACUAACCUAGGUUAAGCUAUGGGAUAACUAUCUAUCCCCAACCCUUUAAUCCUAACAGUGUCAUGGUAACUAACAUAGGUUAAGGUAUGGGAUAACUAUCUGACAGUGUCAUGUAACUAAACUAGGUUAAGGUAUGGGAUAACUAUCUGACAGUGUCAUGGUAACUAACCUGGGUUAAGGUAUGGGAUAACUAACUGACAGUGUAAAAUGGAACUACCUAGAACGUGAGGUUUAAGAGUAUGGGAUAUAACUAUCUGACAGUGUCAUGGUAACUAACCUAGGUUAAGGUAUGGGAUAACCCUCUAACAGUGUCAUGGUAACUAACCUAGGCUAAGUUAUGGGAUAACUAUCUGACCAGUGUCAGUGAUCAGUUACUAUGCUGGCUGGCUAUUGAUCAGUUACUAUGCUGCCUGGCUAUUGAUCAGUUACUAUUCUGGCUGGCUUUAUUUGAUCAGUUUACUAUGCUGGCUGGCUAUUGAUCAGGUACUAUGCUGGCUGGGCUAUAUGAUCAGUUUACUAUUUCUGUACUGGCUAUUGAUCAGUUGACUAUGGCUGGCUGGCUAUUGAUCAGUUACUAUGCUGGCUGGCUAUUGAUCAGUUACUAUGCUGGCUGGCUAUUGAUCAGUUACUUUGGCUAGCUAUUGAUCAGUUACUAUGCUGGCUAUUGAUCAGUUACUAUGCUGGCUAUUGAUCAGUUACUAUGCUGGCUGGCUAUUGAUCAGUUACUAUGCUGGCUGGCUAUUGAUCAGUUACUUUGGCUAGCUAUUGAUCAGUUACUAUGCUGGCUAUUGAUCAGUUACUAUGCUGGCUGGCUAUUCAUCAGUUACUUUGGCUGGCUAUUGAUCAGUUACUUUGGCUGGCUAUUGAUCAGUUACUUUGGCUGGCUAUUGAUCAGUUACUAUGCUGGCUGGCUAUUGAUCAGUUACUUUGGCUGGCUAUUGAUCAGUUACUAUGCUGGCUGGCUAUUGAUCAGUUACUUUGGCUGGCUAUUGAUCAGUUCCUAUGCUGGCUGGCUAUUGAUCAUUUACUAUGCUGGCUGGCUAUUGAUCAGUUACCUUGGCUGUCUAUUGAUCAGUUACUAUGCUGGCUGGCUAUUGAUCAGUUACUUUGGCUGGCUAUUGAUCAGUUACUUUGGCUGGCUAUUGAUCAGUUACUUUGGCUGGCUAUUGAUCAGUUACUAUGCUGGCUGGCUAUUGAUCAGUUACUUUGGCUGGCUAUUGAUCAGUUACUAUGCUGGCUGGCUAUUGAUCAGUUACUUUGGCUGGCUAUUGAUCAGUUACUAUGCUGGCUGGCUAUUGAUCAUUUACUAUGCUGGCUGGCUAUUGAUCAGUUACCUUGGCUGUCUAUUGAUCAGUUACUAUGCUGGCUGGCUAUUGAUCAGUUACUUUGGCUGGCUAUUGAUCAGUUACUUGCACAGCAGAUCAUUGUUGAUUUGGGGUUGGGUCUCAAAAUAAUCAGAACACUUAAAGCAACUAUACUUUACAAUACAAUAUUAUAGCAACCGGCCAGGUUUAUAAUUAAAUAUUACACCCAAUCAGAACAGGUUUAUAUCAGGGUAAUGUCCAUACCCAGUCAGACCAGGUUUAUAUCGAGGUAACGUCCAUACCCAAUCAGACCAGGUUUAUAUCGGGGUAAUGUAUCAUACCCAAUAAAACCGAGUUUAUAUUGAGUUAAUGUCCCAAUCUGAAGAGGGUUUUAAUUGAAGUAAUGUCCCAAUCAGAACAGGGCUUACAUUGAGGUAACGUCCCAAUCAUAACAAGUUAUAUUGAGGUAAUGUAUCAUACCCCAUUAGAACAGAAUUUCUAUUGAGUUAAUGUCCUACUCAGAACAGGGUUUAUAAUGAGAUAAUGUAUCAUACCACAUCAGAACAGGGUUUAUAUUGAGGUAAUGUAUCAUACCACAUCAGGACAGGGUUAAUAAUGAGAUAAUGUAUCAUACCCAAUCAGGACAGGGUUUAUAUUGAGAUAAUGUAUCAUACCACAUCAGGACAGGGUUUAUAAUGAGAUAAUGUAUCAUACCCAAUCAGGACAGGGUUUAUAUUGAGGUAAUGUAUCAUACCACAUCAGGACAGGGUGUAUAAUGAGAUAAUGUAUGAUACCACAUCAGGACAGGGUUUAUAAGGAGAUAAUGUAUCAUACCACAUAUGAACAGGGUUUAUAAUGAGAUAAUGUAUCAUACCCAAUCAGAACAGGGUUUAUAUUGAGGUAAUGUAUCAUACCACAUCAGGACAGGGUUUAUAUUGAGGUAAUGUAUCAUACCCCAUUAGAACAGGGUUUAUAUUGAGGUAAUGUAUCAUACCACAUCAGGACAGGGUUUAUAUUGAGGUAAUGUAUCAUACCCCAUUAGAACAGGAUUUCUAUUGAGUUAAUGUCCUAUUCAGAACAGGGUUUAUAAUGAGAUAAUGUAUCAUACCCAAUCAGAACAGGGUUUAUAUUGAGGUAAUGUAUCAUACCACAUCAGAACAGGGUUUAUAUUGAGGUAAUGUAUCAUACCCAAUCAGGACAGGGUUUAUAAUGAGAUAAUGUAUCAUACCCAAUCAGGACAGUGUUUAUAAUGAGAUAAUGUAUCAUAUCCAAUCAGGACAGGGUUUAUAUUGACUAACCCUAACCCUAACUUUACAGUAGUGGGAAUGUCAUUGACCUGGUUCUCUCCACUCUGUCCCUCUCCUUGCUGCCUUGUUCCAGAUACUGCUGGUAUGUACAAUACUACUAAUAUACUAUACUACAUAUUAAGCAUAGUGUAACCAAGUGUAUGACUAAAACAGUGUUAGCUCAUCUGUGUCUGACCCUCUCCCUCACUGUUGUUCAAAGAGCCAUUGUUGAGAAACCCUACCACUAGUCUACCUGUACACUGUGCUGUAUAGAAACCCUACCACUACUUUAGCUCUAUACCAGGUGUUUUCAGUCUAAGACAGUGGGCCUUUUAUGAUAAAUAUAUUCCAUUCUGUUGCACUGAAACAGUUAGAGACUCAGUUCUGAUUGUAGGCAUUAAUCUCCUGCUCCCACAUUGGGGCUUAAAUCAUGCUCUGCACACAUUCAUUAACAUGCAACUGACUUUAAUCAAUAAAAGGGCUUUCAGAAUAUCCAGAUAAUUAUUGUUUUUUAUUACAUUUACAUUUAAGUCAUUUAGCAGACGCUCUUAUCCAGAGCGACUUACAAAUUGGUGCAUUCACCCUAUAGCCAGUGGGUUAACCACUUAACAAUUUUUAUUUUUAUUUUAUUUUCUUUAUAUCAUUUUCCAUUUUUUUUUUUUUUUUAAUCUUUUUUUUGGGGUGGGGGGGGGGGGGGGGGGGGGGGUAGAAGGAUUACUUCAUCCUAUCCCAGGUAUUCCUUAAAGAGGUGGGGUUUCAAAUGUCUCCGGAAGGUGGUGAGUGACUCCGCUGUCCUGGCGUCGUGAGGGAGCUUGUUCCACCAUUGGGGUGCCAGAGCAGCGAACAGUUUUGACUGGGCUGAGCGGGAACUAUGCUUCCGCAGAGGAAGGGGAGCCAGCAGGCCAGAGGUGGAUGAACGCAAUGCCCUCGUUUGGGUGUAGGGACUAUUACAUGUCAUUGCCCUUUUAAUUAUAUAUAUAUAUAUAUAUAUAUAUAUUAUAAAAAGCCAUUGCCACUUUAAGAGCUCUGUUGCACAGUUGCGCCUUACCAUGCUAGAAACGCCAUUUGUAAUAGCAUUUUUUAAAUGAUGCAACUCUCGCAAUUUUAGGAGUUAAGAAAUAAAAGUGGUAGCUCUGGAAAGCUGAGAUACCCCUUUUUAAAUGCAGCCAUCAAAACUGCUUUAAAAUAUGUGUUUUCCCCGCGAUUGUAACUAUAAACAGGCUUAAUAUUGAUUAAUUAUUGGAGAACCGAGUACCGUUUGGAGAACCGAGUACCGUUUGGAGAACCGAGUACCGUUUGGAGAACCGAGUACCGUUUGGAGAACCAAGUACCGUUUGGAGAACCGAGUACCGUUUGGAGAACCGAGUACCGUUUGACUUGUCUUUCCUUUCACGUGUUCCUUGAAACUCUUUGCCCCCCCCACCCUCCCCCGGGGAGGCGCUCCUCACACUUUGAAAACCUCUGCUCUUGACUGUGCUGUCUAAAACGAUACAGUAGAUGUGAUCAUUGAUCUCGUAACAUUUAGAUAUGUCAGGUUUUGUUUAGAAAGGUUAGGGUUUGUUUGGCGGGUUCAUUGUUGGAGGGUUUAGUGACCACCUUCCUCCAUUUCUCAGCCCAGAUCCAGGGGGAGGUGGAGCGGAUAUUCGAGCUAGCCCGGAGCCUACAGCUGGUGGUGCUGGAUGCAGACACAGUGAACCACCCCAUCCAGCUGUCUAAAACAUCUCUGGCCCCCAUCCUGGUCUACAUCAAGGUCUCCUCCCCCAAGGUAAGGUUUCUCAAAGCUGGGUUAGUAAAGGUUCCUCACAGCUGGGUUAGUAAAGGUUCCUCACAGCUGGGUUAGUAAAGGUUCCUCACAGCUGGGUUAGUAAAGGUUCCUCACAGCUUGGUUAGUAAAGGUUCUAUACAGCUGGGUUCCGAAAGGUUUUAGACAGCUGGGUUAGUAAAGGUUCCUCACAGUGGGGUUAUUAAAGGUUCUUCGAAGCUGGUUUAGUAAAGGUUCUUCAUAGCUGGUGUAGUAAAGAUUUUAUGCAGCUGGGUUAGUAAAGGUUCUAAACAGCUGGAUUUGUUAAGGUUCUAUACAGCUGGGUUAGUAAUGUUUCUAUACAGCUGGGUUAGGAAAGGUUAUUUACAGCUAAGUUAAAAAAGGUUCUUCAUAGCUGGGUUAUUAAAAUGUUCUUCACAGUUGGGUUAGAAAAGGUUCUAUACAGCUGGGUUAGAGAAGGUUUUACACAACUGGGUUAUUAAAGGUUCUAUUCAGAUGGGUUAGUAAAGGUUCUACACAGUUGUGUUAGUAAAAAUUAUAUGAAGCUGGGGUGGUAAAGGUUCUAUUCAGCUGGGUUAGUGAAGUUUAUUCACAGCUGGGUUGGAAAAGGUUAUAUUCAGCUGGUUUAGUAAAGGUUCCUUACUGUUGGGCUAUUAAAGGCUCUUCACAGCUGGGUUUGUAAACAUUUACAUUUACAUUUAAGUCAUUUAGCAGACGCUCUUAUCCAGAGCGACUUACAAAUAGGUGCAUUCACCUUAUAGCCAGUGGGAUAACCACUUUACAAUGGUUUUUUUUAUUAUUAUUAUUUUUUUUUUGGGGGGGGGGGUGGGUUGGAGUAAAGGGGGGGGGGGGGGGGGGGGGGUAGAAGGAUUACUUUAUCCUAUCCCAGCUGGGUUAGUAAAGGUUCAAUACAGCUAGGGUAGUAAAGGUUCUAUACAGCUGGGUUAGUGAAGAUUAUUCACAGCUGGGUUGGAAAAGGUUCUAUUCAGCUGGUUUAGUAAAGGUUCCUCACUGUUGGGAUGUUAACGGCUCUUCAAAGCUGGGUUUGUAAAGGUUCUACAGAGCUGGGUGAGUUUUGAUUAUUCCCAGCUGGGUUGGUUAAAGGUUCUGUACAGCUGGGUUAGUAAAGGUUCUAUACAGCUUGGGUUGUAACGGUUUUCACAGCUGUAUUAUUAAAGGUUCCUCACAGCUGGUUUAGUGAAGGCUAUUCACAGCUGGGUUAUUAAAGGUUCUAUAGUGGCGCAGUGGUCUAAGGCACUGCGUAGCUGUGCCACUAGAGAUCCUGGUUCGAAUCCAGGCUCUGUCGUAGCCGGCCACGACCGGGAGACCCAUGGGGCGGACAAUCAAAUGAGGAGAUAGACAGAUGGGUCAGGGGGAAAAGAGAGAAUGUCCACUUGGGAGAGAUGAGGAUUCCUGUGCCACCGCCGCGCUGACCAGAUGCUCUCGGGGUAUGCGAGAACACAUGAUCAGACGAGGAAAGAGCAGUAGGAGUAGCAGUGUUUUCUGUGGUAAUCCAUGUUUCCGUCAGCGCCAAGAAGUCGAGGGACUGGAGGGUAGCAUAGGCUGAGCUGAACUCUGCCUUGUUGGCCGCAGAACGGCAGUUCCAGAGGCUGCCGGAGACCUGCCAGAGCAGCAAUUGGUCUUAAAUCACUAAUUGGUUCAAGAAACAUUUAGACUGCAAGCUGAUUUGGACAUUUCGGCUUUCGCCAGUGUGCCGCAUAGCUGGGUUAAUAAAGGUUCCUCACAGCUGGGUUAGUAAAGGUUCUUCACAGCUGGGUUAGUAAAGGUUCCUCACAGCAGGGUUAUUAAAGGUCUUCACAGCUCGGUUAUUAAAAGUUCUAUACAGCUGGGGUAGUAAAGGUUCUUUAAAGAUGGGUUAUUAAAGUUUCUAUACAGCUGGGUUAGUAAAUAUUCUUCAUAGCUGGUUUAACAAAGGUUCUUCACAGCAGUGUUUGUAAAGAUUCUAUACAGCUGGGUUAUUAAAAGGUUCUAUAUAGAUGGGUUACUAAAGAUUCUAUACAGCUGGGUUAGUAAAGGAUUUAUACAGUUGGGUUGGUAAAGGUUCUUCAUAGCUGGUUUAACAAAGGUUCUAACAGCUGGGUUAGUGAAGGUUCUUUACAGCUGGGUUGGUAAAGGUUAUUCACACCUGAGUUAGUAAAUGCGCUUCACAUCUGGGUUAGUGAAGUUUCUAUACAGCUGGUUUAGUAAAGAUUCCUCACAUCUGGGUUAUUAAAGGAUCUUCACAGCUUUGUUAGUAAAGGUUCUAUACAGCUUUGUUAGUAAAGGUUCUAUUCAGCUGGGUUAGUAAAGGUUCCUCACAGCUGGAUUAUUAAAUGCUUUUCACAGCUGGGUUAGUAAAGGUUCUAUACAGCUGGGUUAAUAAAUGUUCUAUACAGCUGUGUUAAUAAAAGUUAUAUACUGCUGAAUUAGUAAAGGCUCCUCGCAGCUGGGUUAAAAGGGUAAAAUACAGCUGGGUUAGUAAAGGUUUUAUACAGCUGGGUUAGUAAAGGUUCUAUACAGCUGGGUUAGUAAAGGUUCCUCACAACUGGGUUAGUAAAGUUUUUAUACAGCUGGGAUAAUAAAGGUUCCUCACAGCUGGAUUAUUAAAGGUCCUUCACAUCUGGGUUAUUAAAAGUUAUUUGCAGCUGGGUCAGUAACGGUUCUAUACAGCUGGGUUAAUAAAGGUUCUAUACAGCUGAGUUAGUAAAUUGUAUUUACUGCUAAGUUAGUAAAUGUUCUUUACAGCUGGGUUAGUAAAUGUGCUAAAUAGCUGGGCUACUAUAGAUUCUACACACCUGGGUUAGUAAAGGUUCCUCACAGCUGGAUAAUUAAAGGUCCUUCUCAACUGGGUUAGUAAAGGUUCUAUACAGCUGGGUUAGUAACAUUUCUUUAAAGCUGGGUUAAUAAAGGUUCUAUACAGCUGAGUUAGUGAAGGUUCUUCACAGCUGGGUUAGUAAACGUUAUUCACACUCGGUUAGUAAAUCUUCAAUUUAGCUGGGUUAGGAAAGGUUCUAUACAGUUGGGUUAGUAAAGGUUCUACACUGCUGGUUAGUAAAGGUUCCUCACAGCUGGGUUAGUAAAGGUUCCUCACAGCUUGGUUAGUAAAGGUUCCUCACAGCUGGGUUAGUAAAGGUUCCUCACAGCUGGGUUAGUUAAGGUUCUAUACAGCUGGAUUAAUAAAGGUUCUAUACAGCUGAGUUAUUAAUUGUUCCUCACAGCUGGGUUAGUAAAUGUUCUUCACAGCUGAGUUAUUAAAGGUUCCUCACAGCUGGGUUAGUAAAGGUUCCUCACAGCUGGGUUAGUAAAGGUUCCUCACAGCUGGGUUAGUUAAGGUUCUAUACAGCUGGAUUAAUAAAGGUUCUAUACAGCUGAGUUAUUAAAUGUUCCUCACAGCUUGGUUAGUAAAGGUUCCUCACAGCUGGGUUAGUAAAUGUUCUUCACAGCUUGGUUAGGAAAGUUUCUAUAUUGCUGGAUUAGUAAAGGUUCUAUACAGCUGGUUAUGCAAAGCCUAUUCACAGCUGGGUUAGGAAAGGUUAUAUGUAGCUGGGUUAGUAAAUGUUGUAUACAGCUGGGUUAGUGAAGGUUUUAUACAGAUGGGUUAGUAAAGGUUCCUCACAGCUUGGUUAGUAAAGUUUCCUCACAGCUGGGUUAGUAAAGAUUCUAUAUAGCUGUGUUAGUAAAGGUUCCCCAGAGCUGUGUUAGUAAAGGUUCUAUACAGCUGGGUUAGUAAAGGUUCUAUACAGCUGGAUUAAUAAAGUUUAUAAACAUUGAAGUAAUGUUGUAUAUGUUGUUUUCACCCUCCCUCUCUUCUGCUCCUCCUCUCUACCUCUCAUCUUCUGUUGUCCAGGUGUUAUCAAGGCUUAUCAAGACCAGGGGCAAGUCUCAAACCAAGCAUCUCAACGUCCAGAUGGUGGCUGCAGACAAACUGGCCCAGUGUCCCACGGUGAGAGUAACCUAACCAACACUAACAUAAUAACCCUAAGCCUAACCCAACCCUACCCCUGACUGGCCCAGUGUCCCACGGUGAGAGUAACCUAACCAACACUAACAUAAUAACCCUAACCCUAACCCAAACCUAACCCUACCCCUGACUGGCCCAGUGCCCCACGGUGAGAGUAACCUAACCAACACUAACAUAAUAACCCUAACCCUAACCGAAACCUAACCCUACCCCUGACUGGCCCAGUGCCCCACGGUGAGAGUAACCUAACCAACACUAACAUAAUAACCCUAACCCUAACCCAAACCUAACCCUACCCCUGACUGGCCCAGUGUCCCACAGUGAGAGUCACCUUAACCUUAACCAUAGUAACCAUAACCCUAACCAUAAUAACCAUGACCCCAACCUAACCGUAAUAACAAUAACCCUAACCCAAACCCAACCCUACCCCUGACUGGCCCAGUGUCCCACGGUGAGAGUAACCUGACCAUAAUAACCAUGACCCUAACAUAAUAACCCUAACCCUAGCCCAAAGCUUACCCUACCCCUGACUGGCCCAGUGUCCCACGGUGAGAGUAACCUGACCAUAAUAACCAUGACCCUAACAUAAUAACCCUAACCCUAACCCAAAGCUUACCCUACCCCUGACUGGCCCAGUGUCCCACGGUGAGAGUAACCUGACCAUAAUAACCAUGACCCUAACAUAAUAACCCUAACCCUAACCCAAAGCUUACCCUACCCCUGACUGGCCCAGUGUCCCACGGUGAGAGUAACCUGACCAUAAUAACCAUGACCCUAACAUAAUAACCCUAACCCUAACCCAAAGCUUACCCUAACCCCUGACUGGCCCAGUGUCCCACGGUGAGAGUAACCUGACCAUAAUAACCAUGACCCUAACAUAAUAACCCUAACCCUAGCCCAAAGCUUACCCUACCCCUGACUGGCCCAGUGUCCCACGGUGAGAGUAACCUGACCAUAAUAACCAUGACCCUAACAUAAUAACCCUAACCCUAGCCCAAAGCUUACCCUACCCCUGACUGGCCCAGUGUCCCACGGUGAGAGUAACCUGACCAUAAUAACCAUGACCCUAACAUAAUAACCCUAACCCUAACCCUAACCAUAACCAUAGUAACCAUAACCCUAACCAUAAUAACCAUGACCCUAACAUAAUAACCCUAACCCUAACCCAAAGCUUACCCUACCUCUAACUGUUCCAGUGUCCCAUUUUGAGUGUAACCUUAACCAUAACCAUAGUAACCAUAACCCUAACCAUAAUAACCAUGACCCUAACCUAACCGUAAUAACAAUAACCCUGACCCAAACCUAACCCUACCCCUGACUGUUCCAGUGCCCCACAGUGAGAGUCACCUGAAGAAUAAUCAUCAGAGGUGUCAUGAUCCGUUUCUUCCCCGCCAUCUGAGUCGCUUUCAUUCAGAUCUUGUAGCAAUGCUAACACAGCAUGUGCAUCCAUUCGUCUUGGUCUUGCCAUUGUAAAUUAUGCACGCUCUGAUUGUGUAGCCUACUCCAAGUAGUAGAAUAAUAAGACUGUUUGGAUUCGACUGAUAUAGGGCACACCGUUUUGAGAUUAUAAUUAGAAUAGAUACAAUAGAAUCUUCAUUCACAAUUAGUGAUUACAUAGUUAUGUAUAGUUUGCUUCCCCUUGCUCAUCAACUGACGCAUUCCCCCCAUCAUAUUAUACUUAAAUUAUUUCAUCUGUUGUUAUGUGUGUGAAAUUAGUUUUGUGUGUAGAGUCUAUGUUUUGUGUUCAUUGUUUCAGUUUCUAGUUCAUGUGUUUCUAUGUUGGCUGGGGUGGUUCUCAAUCAGAGGCAACGUGAAUCAGCUGUUGCUUGUUGUCUCUGAUUGGGAACCAUACUUAGGCAGCCGUUUGGCACUUGUGUUUUGUGGUAUCUUGUUCCGUGUUGGUUUGUGUAUGUACCCAAGGACUUCACGUAUCGUUUUGUUGUUUUUGUUCGUGUGGUGAAUAAUAAUAAAAGAUGUUCGCAUUCCACGCUGCGCAUUGGUCCACUCCUUUCGACGAUCGUGACAUGCGCUCUGGCACACUCAGAUGAGAGUGCUCUGAAAUCGGAGUAGAUGGCCAGAGCGGAUUUACCAAAUAUGUCUAUCGACAGUUGUCGCAGUGACAUCAUGAACAUUCUAUUGAAAUGGAUACUUGCAUAGUGGAGUCUUUUGUAUCAACAUGUAGCUAGCUAAACAAUGAACCAUAAUCCCAACUCAUAACCUUACUACCCUGCAUGAAUCUGCAGGUAACUAACAAAUCAGGUUCAAUGUUAGCUAGCUAGCUAACAUUAGGCUACAACUAGCAAUGCAAAUGGCUCUGAGAUACGAAUAAUAUUACUACACAGAUCAUAUACGUACCGUUAGCUAGCGAGCCAGCCAGCUAACGUUAGCUAGCUAGCUAACAGUAUGCUUUAACUUGAAAUGAAAACUAAUUUCUGACAAAAUUAGAAACUUGUCAUAUCUGAAAAUGUAGGAGAGGCCUGCCAGGUAGGAUGCAAUCCAAGAGUGUGCAGAGCCUGAGACGCCCAGCCCUGAGAGGGUGGAGAGGAGGAUCUGAUUCUGCACAGUGUCGAAGGUAGCGGAUACAUCUAGGAGGAUGAGAACAGAGGAGCGAGAGUCAGCUUUGGUAGUGCGGAGAGCUUACGUAUCAUCCUGUAUCACCCUGUAUCAGUCUGUAUUAGUAUGCAUAACCCUGUAUCAGUCUGUAUCAGUCUGUAUCAGUCUGUUUCAACCUGUAUCAGCCUGUAUCACUCCGUAUCACCCUGUAUCAUGCUGCAUAACCCUGUAUCAGUCUGUAUCAGUCUGUAUCAGUCUGUUUCAACCUGUAUCAGCCUGUAUCACUCCGUAUCACCCUGUAUCAUGCUGCAUCACCAUGUAUCAGCCUGUAUCAGUCUGUAUCCCUCUGUCUCUGCCUCUCCAUGCUGAAUCUGUCCUUGUUAUCUGAGAUUAAGUUCUUUCCUUCCAUCCUGUCUAAAUCAGGCUCCUAAACAGAGAUGUACAGUGGGGGAAAAAAGUAUUUAGUCAGCCACCAAUUGUGCAAGUUCUCCCACUUAAAAAGAUGAGAGAGGCCUGUAAUUGUCAUCAUAGGUACACGUCAACUAUGACAGACAAAUUGAGAAAAGAAAUUCCAGAAAAUCACAUUGUAGGAUUUUUAAUGAAUUUAUUUGCAAAUGAUGGUGGAAAAUAAGUAUUUGGUCACCUACAAACAAGCAAGAUUUCUGGCUCUCACAGACCUGUAACUUCUUCUUUAAGAGGCUCCUCUGUCCUCCACUCGUUACCUGUAUUAAUGGCACCUGUUUGAACUUGUUAUCAGUAUAAAAGACACCUGUCCACAACCUCAAACAGUCACACUCCAAACUCCACUAUGGCCAAGACCAAAGAGCUGUCAAAGGACACCAGAAACAAAAUUGUAGACCUGCACCUGGCUGGGAAGACUGAAUCUGCAAUAGGUAAGCAGCUUGGUUUGAAGAAAUCAACUGUGGGAGCAAUUAUUAGGAAAUGGAAGACAUACAAGACCACUGAUAAUCUCCCUCGAUCUGGGGCUCCACGCAAGAUCUCACCCCGUGGGGUCAAAAUGAUCACAAGAACGGUGAGCAAAAAUCCCAGAACCACACAGGGGGACCUAGUGAAUGACCUGCAGAGAGCUGGGACCAAAGUAACAAAGCCUACCAUCAGUAACACACUACGCCACCAGGGAAUCAAAUCCUGCAGUGCCAGACGUGUCCCCCUGCUUAAGCCAGUACAUGUCCAGGCCCGUCUGAAGUUUGCUAGAGUGCAUUUGGAUGAUCCAGAAGAGGAUUGGGAGAAUGUCAUAUGGUCAGAUGAAACCAAAAUAUAACUUUUUGGUAAAAAACUCAACUCGUCGUGUUUGGAGGACAAAGAAUGCUGAGUUGCAUCCAAAGAACACCAUACCUACUGUGAAGCAUGGGGGUGGAAACAUCAUGCUUUGGGGCUGUUUUUCUGCAAAGGGACCAGGACGACUGAUCCGUGUAAAGGAAAGAAUGAAUGGUGCCAUGUAUCGUGAGAUUUUGAGUGAAAACCUCCUUCCUUCAGCAAGGGCAUUGAAGAUGAAACGUGGCUGGGUCUUUCAGCAUGACAAUGAUCCCAAACACACCGCCCGGGAACGAAGGAGUGGCUUCGUAAGAAGCAUUUCAAGGUCCUGGAGUGGCCUAGCCAGUCUCCAGAUCUCAACCCCAUAGAAAAUCUUUGGAGGGAGUUGAAAGUCUGUGUUGCCCAGCGACAGCCCCAAAACAUCACUGCUCUAGAGGAGAUCUGCAUGGAGGAAUGGGCCAAAAUACCAGCAACAGUGUGUGAAAACCUUGUGAAGACUUACAGAAAACGCUUGACCUGUGUCAUUGCCAACAAAGGGUAUAUAACAAAGUAUUGAGAAACGUUUGUUAUUGACCAAAUACCUAUUUUCCACCAUAAUUUGCAAAUAAAUUCAUUAAAAAUCCUACAAUGUGAUUUUCUGGAUAUUUUUUUCUCAUUUUGUCUGUCAUAGUUGACGUGUACCUAUUAUGAAAAUUACAGGCCUCUCUCAUCUUUUUAAGUGGGAGAACUUGCACAAUUGGUGGCUGACUAAAUACUUUUUUCCCCCACUGUACUUGAUUUGAUUAUCAGAUAGUGUUAUUUUAAGUAAUUGGUAUCCAAGGGGACUGGUAAAGCAGCAGUGACCUGAGUGGUGCAGUGGUCUAAGGCACUGCAUCGCAGUGCUAACUGUGCCACUAGAGAUCCUGGUUCGAAUCCAGGCUCUGUCGCAGCCGGCCGCGACCAGGAGACUCAUGGGCGGCGCACAAUUGGCCCAGCGUUGUCCAGGGUAGGGGAGGGAAUGGCCGGCAGGGAUGUAGCUCAGUUGAUAGAGCAUGGCGUUUGCAACGCCAGGGUUGUGGGUUCGAUUCCCACGGGGGGCCAGUAUAAAAAAAAAAAAUGUAUUCACUAACUGUAAGUCGCUCUGGAUAAGAGCGUCUGCUAAAUGACUAAAAUGUAAAAUGUAAUGGAUUGUCCCUUCAGUCUGAAUGACACUAACACCCUGUCUGGCCUGCAGGAGAUGUAUGACGUAAUCUUGGAUGAGAACCAGCUGAGCGAUGCCUGUGAGCACAUAGCAGACUACCUAGAGGCAUACUGGAGGGCCACCCACCCCCCAGAAACAGAACCUGUUAACCCCUUAGUGGAGAAGCUGGCAGAGAACACACUGCCUACAAGCCCUGCUCCAAAG